AUGUUGCAGUUCUUUGGCUGGCUAGGUAGAUUACCCAUCAGUGCAGCAAGAUUUUCAUUGGCACCUUUAAAACGCUCAUCUCCUUGGCGAGUGUCAGUGGUGUCUCGGAAGUUUCUGGCAACUUUUGAUGGAAAGAUUCCUCUUGAUAAAAUUAAAACUGAAAUAACUACAGAUCCGACGACACAAUUACCUUUAGUAAUAGUACGUCUACCAUUGAAAGAGAACGACUGGCUGGAUAAGGAAAUAGUGGAGGAAUUGAGUAAAAGAUAUGUUUUUCGAAUUGACAAAGAUGGACAACUGGUAGUAGAGUCAUGCCGAACACGAUCAGUUUUUUUGAAUAAAGCUGACUGCGUGGACAAGUUGCGAACUGCUAUUUUGGAUUUGGUGGAUAGUGAACGUUCAAAAGAAGUCGGUGUUUGGAAGGAAACAGAACGGGAAAUUGCUGCCAGAAAUGCUAGGGCUAGGUUAAUUGAUUUUAAUAAAGCUGCGCUAAAGCAGAGUAACUCUAGCUGCAGCAGUAUCAAUGGGCCCGUUUGA